UUACAGUGAUCGUUACUUUGCCCUGUGUGCUGGGUCUUACUUUGUACCCUGGCCAGUCUAAGUUAGUCUAAAGGCGCCAGGUUGCGUGGCAGUAGAGGACAACCGGCCUGUCCUCUAUGAUGGCCACCCUAAUCACACCUUCAACUGGUUAAUCCUGCAAUAAGCGUAAUGCUGGCCGCAAGCCCCAGCUGACGAUCGCACCAUUCACUACCGAGCCUGCUAUACGCUAAUUCGGAGGGGCCACGCGUGCAAAGUGAUGCUCAGGGGACUCCGUCCAGCUAGGAAAAGCAGCCAGCCAGCCAGCCAGCCCCAGCCUGGCUGCGCUUGGACACACGGACUAGCUGGAGAGCCGGGCGCGUCUCGGGGGACUGGUCAUUUCUCUCUCUGUUCAAACAUCUAACUUUGUUUCUCUGAGUAGUCUGGGUUCCUCCAUGAACUUACCAAAUGUAUCAAGAAAUGGCAUUACUCACUGGGAACACAGAUCCCGAGCUCACAUCAUACUCCUACAACAAUUUGGAAAACCUGUAUGAGGUGCAGACCAAGAAAGGCUUUUUCUACAAAAAAGCCAAGCUUCUCCACCCUAGAGAAGACUUGUGCUGCUUGGCACGGCGAGAGGACCGAACCCGGUUUGUGAUAAUAAAUGUAGGCGGCAUCAAGUAUAAGAUUCCAUGGACCACCUUGGAUGACUGCCCCUUGACCAGGCUUGGGAAACUAAAAUCUUGUAACAACUACGAUGAGAUAAUGGAUAUCUGUGACGAUUAUGAUGUCAGCUGCAACGAGUUUUUUUUUGACCGCAAUCCUUGUGCCUUUCGGACAAUCAUGACUUUCCUGACAGCUGGGAAGCUGAGGCUUCUCAGGGAGAUGUGCGCCCUCUCUUUCCAAGAGGAGCUGAUAUACUGGGGGAUAGAAGAGGAACACUUAGAGUGGUGCUGCAAGAAGAGACUGCGACAAAAGGAGGAGGAGAUAGCUGAGUCUUCAUUGUACGAGGGGGAGACGGUAUCGGAUGAAACUCCGCAGCAAGCCUUCCAGGACAGUAGCCGUUUGGGUAUGUGCAUGAGAAAGCUCAGGGACAUGGUGGAAAACCCUCACUCAGGGAUCCCAGGAAAGAUCUUUGCUUGUAUCUCAGUCUCCUUUGUUGCCAUCACUGCUGUCAGCCUGUGUAUCAGCACCAUGCCAGAUCUCAGAGCAGAGGAAGAUCGGGGUGAAUGCUCCCAGAAGUGCUACGACAUCUUUGUGCUGGAGACCGUUUGCGUGGCCUGGUUUUCCUUCGAGUUCCUCCUGCGCUCUAUUCAGGCAGAAAGCAAAUGCGCCUUCUUGAAGACCCCCCUCAACAUCAUCGACAUCCUGGCCAUCUUGCCCUUCUACAUCUCUCUCAUCGUAGAUGUGGUCUCCACCAAGAACAGCGGCAAGCCUGGCAGUGGUGCUGGAAACAAGUACUUGGAACGCGUGGGCCUAGUUCUGCGCUUCUUGAGGGCCUUGCGCAUCCUUUACGUCAUGAGGCUGGCACGGCACUCGCUGGGUCUGCAGACGCUGGGCCUCACCGUGCGCCGAUGCACCCGGGAAUUCGGACUCCUGCUUCUCUUCCUUUGUGUUGCCAUGGCACUCUUUUCUCCAUUGGUUUAUUUGGCCGAAAGAGAACUGGGAGCCAAGCAGGAGUUCACUAGUGUUCCCACCAGCUACUGGUGGGCUGUGAUCUCUAUGACGACUGUUGGCUAUGGAGACAUGGUGCCUCGUAGCAUCCCAGGACAGGUGGUAGCCCUAAGCAGUAUCCUGAGUGGGAUUUUGCUGAUGGCUUUUCCAGUCACUUCCAUAUUUCACACUUUUUCCCGUUCCUACACGGAGCUAAAGGAGCAGCAGCAACGAGCUGCAAGCAGACUGUCGUACCAGCAGGAAGAAAGCCUCAAAUUCCAAAACGGUGAUAGUUCUCAGGAAGUGGAGACCUCAUCCCCACCCGAGGUUGAAGAGGGGCCUCCACCAACACUGAAGCAGGACCCCAAAAGGAGCUAUUGAGUGCAAACAACUAAAGACUUAAAAACAGCCGCACUGAAGUAGUGGACAGGAGAGGCGUUCAGCUCUGAAACAAAAAAACCUAUGGAACUGUGUCGAUAAGGGUGUACAGUGAGGGCUGGGUGGUCCACGCUGAGUGGUCCUUUGUCCUACAGAGCUCUCUGCAGUGUCCAUUCAAAUGAUAAUGAGUAGUCUGCUCCAUCUUUAGUAAAAAGCCACUUCUAUUAAGCAACUGAUUUUUUUGUCAGCCCCGAGAAGCAAUCGCUCAAGGUGGAGAACCACUGGAUCCAAUAACAAGAAAAAAAAUAUACUGAAAAACUGAGAAUUCCCCACAAGGGCCCAGUUCAGGGAGAAGCUAGGAUACCCUUCACUGUUCGUUAGCUUUCUGGUGACAACAAUGGAGCCGUGUGGAAGCUGAAGAAACAGGCUGGACUUUGUGCUUGGGCGUUCCCCCAAGCCCUUGUUUCCUAUGCACAAUGGAUUCAUUCUGUACAACACCCCCAUGGGGUAGAGGCCAAAAGUUUAAAGGCGGGGCAAGA